GGUAGCUGGUCCCCACCCCGCGCCCGUGGGAACGGCCCCGCCCGCCUCUGUGACGUCACCCGGAACCCGACGAGGCGGGGCGGCUGGCCGGGGCGGCCGGAGGGUCCUCUUGGGGCGGAGAUGAGCGAGGGCAGCGCGGGCGAGCCGGGCCGCAGGUCCAGCCGGCAGCGGGCCGGACACACAGAGAACAUGUCUCUGGGUUCUAGCUGCUUCUCUCCACCUGUGAACUUCCUUCAAGAGCUGCCAAGCUAUCGGUCAGUAGCACGCCGGAGGACAAACAUCCUCACCCGGGACAAGCAGAGUGGUACCCUGCUAAAGCCGACGGACUCCUACAGUUCCCAGCUGGAUGGAGGAAUCCCAGAGAACCUCAACAGCCAAUCCAUCCGCAAGUAUGCGCUGAACAUCUCUGAGAAGCGGAGGCUGAGGGACAUUCAGGAAACCCAGAUGAAGUAUUUAUCAGAGUGGGACCAGUGGAAACGGUACAGCAGCAAGUCCUGGAAGAGGUUCCUAGAGAAAGCUCGCGAGAUGACCACCCACCUGGAGCUGUGGCGCAAGGACAUCCGCAGCAUUGAAGGGAAGUUUGGUACAGGUAUCCAGUCUUACUUCUCUUUCCUACGCUUCCUGGUGGUGCUGAACCUGGUGAUAUUCCUGAUCAUCUUCAUGCUGGUUUUGCUCCCAAUCUUACUCACCAAGUACAAGAUUACCAACAGCACUUUUGUGUUCAUUCCAUUCAAAGACAUGGAUAUUCAGUGCACAGUCUAUCCAGUCAGUAGCUCUGGGCUCAUUUACUUUUAUAGUUACAUCAUAGACUUGCUGUCUGGCACAGGUUUCUUGGAGGAGACCAGCCUGUUUUAUGGCCACUACACCAUUGAUGGAGUGAAAUUUCAGAACUUCACGUAUGAUCUGCCCCUGGCUUACUUAGUAAGCACGAUUGCCUACCUGGCCCUGAGUCUCCUCUGGAUAGUGAAAAGGUCGGUGGAAGGGUUCAAAAUCAACCUGAUCCGGAGUGAGGAGCACUUCCAGAGUUACUGUAACAAGAUCUUCGCUGGGUGGGACUUCUGCAUCACCAACCGCAGCAUGGCUGAGCUGAAGCACAGCAGCUUGCGGUAUGAGCUCCGGGCAGAUCUGGAAGAAGAGAGAAUCCGACAGAAAAUAGCGGAAAGGACCUCAGAGGAAACCAUACGCAUCUACUCCCUGAGGCUGUUCUUGAACUGCAUCGUGCUGGCUGUGCUGGCGGCGUGCUUUUACGCAAUCUACUUAGCCACUACCUUCUCACAGGAACACAUGAAAAAGGAAAUUGACAAGAUGGUUUUUGGGGAGAACCUCUUGAUAUUGUACCUCCCAUCCAUCGUGAUCACACUGGCCAAUUUCAUUACCCCAAUCAUCUUUGCCAGGAUCAUCCACUAUGAGGAUUACUCGCCAGGCUUUGAGAUCCGCCUGACAAUUCUUAGGUGUGUCUUUAUGCGGCUGGCCACCAUCUGCGUGCUGGUGUUCACGCUGGGCUCCAAGAUCACAUCCUGUGGUGACAGCACAUGUGAGCUCUGUGGCUAUAACCAGAAACUCUACCCGUGCUGGGAGACACAGGUGGGACAGGAGAUGUACAAGCUGAUGAUCUUCGACUUCAUCAUCAUCCUGGCCGUGACACUGUUUGUGGAUUUCCCUAGGAAGCUCCUGGUGAACUACUGUGCCUCCUCGAAGUUGAUCCAGUGCUGGGGGCAGCAGGAGUUCGCCAUCCCAGACAACGUCCUGGGCAUCGUGUAUGGGCAGACCAUCUGCUGGAUUGGAGCCUUCUUCUCCCCGCUCCUUCCUGCAAUCGCCACCUUGAAAUUCAUCAUCAUCUUUUAUGUGAAAGAGUUGAGUCUUCUUUACACCUGCAGACCCUCCCCAAGGCAGUUCAGAGCAUCCAAUUCUAACUUCUUCUUCCUGCUGGUGUUGCUGAUUGGGCUGUGCUUAGCAAUAAUACCACUAACAAUCAGCAUGUCUCGCAUCCCUUCCUCGAAAGCCUGUGGGCCAUUCACCAACUUCAACACCACCUGGGAGGUGAUCCCCCUGACUGUGAGCACCUUCCCCAGCUCCCUUCAGACCCUGAUCCAUGGCGUCACCUCCGAAGCCUUUGCAGUGCCUUUCUUCAUGAUCAUCUGCCUUGUCAUGUUCUACUUCAUCGCACUGGCUGGAGCACACAAGCGGGUGGUGGUCCAGCUCCGAGAGCAGCUGUUCCUGGAGAGUCGUGACAAGCGUUAUCUCAUUCAGAAACUAACAGAAGCUCAAAGGGAUGUGCGGAGCCAGCAGGUUUGAGCAUGAAGACGCUGCCUGCAACUUCUCAGCAUGUGACUCUGAUGACCCUACAAAGUCCACCUGGGUUUGGAGUGGAAAUGUUAAAACGUAUUUUUCUAGACUUUAGGGCUUUAAGCGACCUAGCCAAGAAGGCUGACACCUGGUGAGCUGUGGCUCAGAUGGCCACCCAGGCUGACACCUGGAGAGCCACAGCUAAGAAUUUCACUCAAACACGAACCUCUCAAGUGGCUCAGGCUUUGUAAUCGGAAAUCAGAGAGAGAGACUUUUAUUUAUUUUGUUUUUGUUUAGGCUGUUGUAUUUUUUAAAGGUUUGUAUGUGUUGUUUUUUCCAAGUAAAACUGAGUUCCCUUAUCUCCGAAGCUGGGUGGUUUCUUUGGAAGCCUUUCCAGGCUGAGUGAGUGCCCUCUCAAAUGCCAGAGGAGACUUAAAAUUAAACCUGACUUCUUUUUUCAAACUAACAUGCAUCUUCAGGUGCUAAAGGCAUGGACCAGUUGAUAAGAAUGUGGAGAGACCAUCAUGGGAGCCUCUGCCAUGUGCCCGGACCACACUUGAAUUUCUGGCCAUAUCAGUGUCAGCCCUUGACUGGGGCAGGUUGGAGCCCGCUUCUUGGCUCUCCAAGCCUUUUCUGAAGCCAUAUUCACUCCUCAAGUGACCUUAGCUGACUGCUUAGUCCCAGCCUUCUGUUCCCACCUGCUCUGAGUUCUGAGAUUUGGUGACAGAAUUGGAGAAAGGUAAAAACCUUGCAAGAUAGAUGGACAGUUCCUCUCUGUUUUCCAAAUGCCUCUUCCUUGCACGGAGCUCUUCAUUCCUGGAGGACCCCAAAUGUUUCAGAGCCAAGAUACAAUGUGCUGUUUGGCAUUGAAGCCAUGGCUAAGGGUUAUAUGUGUGAUUACAGAUGUAGAUCCAUGGCCUAGCCUGUUCAUAAGAACAGCCCAUAAUACAGUUGGGUUCUGAUUACUUAAAUACAUGUUCCAAAGGGCUAGGUUUUGUUUGCCUGCACUUAAAACUUUGGGUGUGUGUACCUUUGUUUUUAUAAAACAUUACAAAAAUGGAGUGUCUUUUAAGAUAUCCACUACAGUAAAAAUCAUAUUUAAUAAAUACCUCGUCAUAUGCUUUCCCAAAGCUGACCCUUUUAAUAGUGUCUAAUUCAAUCUGCUUCCAUUUAAAGCCUGUCAGGGUGCUGCAAGCCCUGUGACAGAUACUUUGAGUCUUCUAUUGUUUUUUACUGGCUCCUAACCUUUUCUGACAUUUAAAAUUAGGUUCGUGUUUUAGAAAGCUGCCAAGAAGGAUUUCCCUCCUCCAACCACUGCCUUGUUUCUCAAAAAUGAUUGGCUUCUUGCUCUGGAAGCAAAGCAAACUUGUCAUGGCUAACACAUCUGUGUAUAAAGGGUGGUUCCUCCCCCCCCCCCCCCGUGUGUGUGUGUGUGUGUGUGUGUGUGUGUGUGUGUGUGUAGAUGGAACUCGUCCUCAAGCCCAACACAAUCAUUUCUUUGAUCUUCCAUGAGGUUGUGUUAACACGGGACAUUUUUGUGUUUGUGAUAAUGUGUUAUUUCCUAACCUUUUCUUGUAUUUAAAGAUCUAUGAAUUUUUAAACCUAACAGGAAUUUUGAAUAAAAUUCCAGCCUCAUUUUACAAAUUCUAAUUGUUGGCAUUUUUGCCUAGUGCCUUCAUAUAAUAUCCUUGUCCCUCACUGUGCCCCUAAAGAUUAUCUACUUUCCUGUUUGUACAGAUGGUGGAUAAAAUGAACAAUAUGCUGUUUUCUUUGUUAUAAAAUGGACAGCAAAAUAUGCCAACUAGUGUGUUAGUUUUAGUUAAUGCUGCUAAUGUGCAUUCCUCUUACUUGAAUGUUUUGAUAACUUUAAUAACCAGGCAAUGUCAGUCUAGUUUUUAAACCAUACCAGCUCUCUAAUAGAUGUGUUAAACUACUGGAUUACACUGUGUCUUGAAAGUUUUAAAGUGUGUACUUGAACCCACAGAAGCACCUCGUCAAGAAUCAAGUGAUGAGGAAAAUCGCAAUACUCUGUAAAGUUGCUCUUUAUUUUUCACUGAAGUUAGAGGAAAUAGCAUUUUGACAUUUGAUGGAUGUGUUUGAUGAGUUUUAUCACUUCUUGGCUUUCCUGAAACCAAAGAAAAGCAUGUCUAUGUGUUUGUGUUUAAAACAUGUUUAUAUGUUUGUGUUUCAAAGACAAAGAUAUUUUAAGCAUUUUAUAUCUUAGCACCAUAGAAAACAACUGUUAGUGUUUAUUUUAUUCUAUAAAGUUAUAAUAAAUAUUGAAGUAGAUAUAUAUAUGUGUUGGGUAUGUGUUGUGAAUACAUAUUUCUGAUUUUCUCCUUAAUAAUACCUUGAAGUUCUGUGCAAGUAGCUACAUCCUUUUUACUGGUCUCAUAGCAAUGCACAGCAGCCAUACACA